AUGGAAGCUCUCUCCGCUACCGCUCCCCCGACCCUCUUCGACCAGGGCUCCGUCGACAAGGCCAACCUUUUCCAAACCAUUGCUCCCUCAUGGGGUAACUACCUAUACCAGAACGUGCUCCCGAGCCUUCCUGCCGACUGGCUCGCCAAUGUCGGUCAGGCUGCUCAGGCCGCUGCUCAGCAGCAGGGCUCUGAGGGACCCGCCAACAACGAGCUGUUCCAGCAGUGGAACGCGCAGCUGCAGAACAUGAACAACCAGGCCGGCCCGUCAAACUACAACUACUACUACAACCAGCAGUCUGGCUCUAUCGCGCCGUCUCUGCUCGCGCCGACCGUUGGUGGCUCUCCUACUGCCGCGCCCGCCCAGCCCUCCGCCCACCCGCAACCGCAGGCCAAGCUCUCGAUCGACCUUGUCGACAGCCUCGUCUCGCCUCCGAAGACAGAGGAUGGAGAGGCCGAGGACGCCGAUGCGCGGAGCCACCACUCUGCCGAGUCAUCGAACCACGAGCACGAGCACGACGAGGGUGUCGAGCGCGACGGCAUGAUCUGGGGUAUGAAGGUCGAGGACUACCGCGCUCUGCCUGCGCGCGAGCGCAAGCGCGUCCGCAACCGCAUCUCGGCCCGCACCUUCCGCGCCAAGCGCAAGGAGCACCUGGACUCGCUCGAGUCGACCCUCAACUCGAAGGAUCUCGAGAUCAAGCUCGCCCACGAGGAGAACCUCAAGCUCAAGCGCGAGCUUAUCGAGCUCAAGCGCCGCCUCGCGCAGUACGAGGGCAAGCCGUAUUAA